AUGGACUCUAAUCGCUAUUCCGGCCUCGACUUUUCCGAUGGCAGAGUCUCCAACCAGGCCCUGGAUCAGCAUCCCGACUUGGCGGGCAAGGGAACCUCGGGCGCACAUCUCCAGCGCAACAAGACAGAGCGGCGGCGCCUUCAGGGUUUGCAGCGCACGGCCACUAACACAUCUGUUAGAAGGACAACUCCAGAGGACCGCUCAUGGAAGGCCAGGUUCGACGUGUGGAUGAUUAACGAGGGUGGACGGCAGUUGUUUUUUGGGACCUGGAUUUUCCUGCAUCUCGUCGUGACAGUGUUUGGCUUCAUGCACUAUCAGCUCAAAGACAACGCAGUGACGGCGAGGAGCAUUUUCGGCCUUACUUUUCCUAUCGCCAGAACGGCAGCGCUCGUUCUCCACGUCGAUGUCAUCUUCAUCCUGCUCCCCGUGUGCCGCAACUUCGUUUCGUUCCUUCGUCGCACCCCGUUGAACGACAUUAUUCCCUUCGACAAGAACAUCACAUUGCACAAGGCAACCGGAUGGUCUAUCGUCAUUGGCUCAACCGUCCACACCCUGGCGCACAUGGUUAAUUUCUAUAAGCUUGCCAUGAUCGCUGGUGAUACGACCUCCAAACGUGUGGUUGCCUUCAUUGCCGCCAACUUUAUCACAGGGCCGGGGCUCACGGGCUGGAUCAUGGUGGCUGCUCUCGGUGUCAUGGCGUGGUUUGCCAGAGAGAAGUCUCGCAGGGCUCAUUUCGAACGCUUCUGGUACUCGCACCACUUGUUCAUCGUGUUUUUCAUCAAUUGGCAGCUCCACGGUAUGUUCUGUAUGAUCCAGCCCGAUCGCCCGCCCUUUUGCUCCUUCAACACGAUUGGAGUCUUCUGGCGUUACUGGCUCGUCGGAGGUGUUAUCUGGAUAUUCGAGCGUGUCCUUCGUGAAGUCCGCUCUCGUCACGUCACCUAUAUCUCCAAGGUUAUCCAGCACCCGUCAAAUGUCAUGGAAAUUCAGAUUAAGAAGGAGAAGACUACCACUCGUGCCGGACAGUAUAUUUUCUUGUCUUGUCCUGAGAUCUCCUACUUCCAAUGGCACCCUUUCACCCUGACCAGUGCUCCGGAGGAAGAUUACAUCUCAGUUCACAUCCGUGUCGUCGGUGAUUUCACUACCGCUCUCGCUAAGUCUCUCGGAUGCGACUUCCCCGAGAAAGGUGCCAAGGGCGACAAGAAAGGAGAGACACCCGCUGGCGGCAAGGUCAUCGGCACUAAUACCAACCCGCCCAUGAACAGGACCCUUCCUCGUGUCAUGGUUGACGGUCCUUUCGGCAGUGCAAGUGAAGACUUCCUGAACUUUGAGACCAUCCUUCUCGUGGGUGCCGGCAUCGGUGUUACGCCCUUCGCUUCGAUCCUAAAAUCCAUUUGGUACCGCAUGAACAACUUCAACUCCUCGAAGCCUACGCGACUCUCCAAAGUGUACUUCACUUGGGUCAUCCGUGACUACGGUACUGCGGAAUGGUUCCACUCCCUCUUGCAUGCCAUCGAGGAGCAAGACACCCAAAAUCGAAUCGAGAUUAACAUCUACCUUACUGCUAAGAUCAAGGAAGAUGAGAUGAACAACAUCAUUGUUCAAGAUGUUGGUGCCGAGAAAGACGCUAUCACCUCCUUGCGUGCUCCAACGCACUUCGGUCGUCCCAACUGGGACCGUGUUUUCUCAUCUCUGGUUGAAAAGCAUCCCGAAACCGAUGUUGGAGUGUUUUUCUGUGGACCCGCGGUCCUUUCCAAGACCCUCCAUCAGAUGUCAAAUAAAUACUCAGAGCCCAAAGGAACCAGGUUCUUCUUCGGAAAGGAGAACUUCUAA